CAUUUUGCAAAGAUCCUGUCAAUUCUCCGGAAGUAUUUUCGAAUAACAAUAACAAAAUCCUUUUUCACUCAUUUAUAUCGAAAUUUACUUUCCCGAAUUUUAAUCAAACAAUUUAGUGAUAUAUUUUAAAUGAAAAGAGAGAUUUUGCAUUUACUUUGUAAGUAUUUAUACAUUUCUUUAUACUCUUAAACUGGUUAAUAUGCAGUAAUUGGUGAUUCAUUCGUCAGGUUUACUAUUUUAAACCCUUAAAUAAAUUUUUAACGAUGUCUGUGGUAACUCCUCAACCAAUGUCUACACUACAUUUUCAAUGGGAUCCUAAGAAUCUCGAAAUUAAAACAAAAUCCGUGGAAAAAACUCUAGAGCCGCUUGUAACACAGGUGACUACUUUAGUUAGUCAGAAAGGUCCAACUAGAGGUAAAAAGGGACGAUCAAAAAAAGCUAAAGUUCUCAGUACAGCCGUUGCCAGGGCAAUUGAUCAUUUUAUCAACGAAGGCCAGAAAAUCGCUGAAGAAAAUGUCGAAAUUCGUAAUGAAAUGUUUACUGCUGUUGAAGAAGUUAAAAAAACCGGCGAUGCAAUGAAAUUGGCAAGUGAUGAUUUUGCCGGGGAUCCUUGUUCGUCAAUGAAAAGAGGUACUAUGGUAAGAGCAGCAAGAGCUUUGUUGGGUGCUGUAACAAGACUUUUGAUUCUUGCUGAUAUGGUAGAUGUGAAUAAUUUGUUGAAAGCGUUAAGAACUGUUCAAAGCGAUCUCGAUAGAGUAAGAGAUGCUUCCAGUGAAAAAGAACUCAGAUCUGCGUUUAAAGAUUUUGGCACCGGUGUUAUGGCUUUGAGCGAAAGGGCUGGAAGACGACAAUUGGAUUUGAAAGACCCUUAUAACAGAGAAAGAAUGGCCUCUGCUAGAGCCAUGUUGAAAACGAAUACUCUCCCUUUACUGACGGCUUCCAAAGUUUACGUUCGACAUCCGGAAUUAGCUGCUGCAAGAGCAAAUCGGGAUUAUGUGUUGAAACAAGUAUGCGAUGCUGUGGAUCAAAUUUCCGGAGUAGCCCAAUCAAAGGGAAUGGAUGGCCAUCCAUUCGAUGGGCCAGGAGAAUUAGCUAAUGCGCUUGAUGAAUUCGAUAUUCGAAUAAUGGAUCCUGAUUCUGGUAAAGGCGGAAGAAGACAGGGUCCUAGUCUAGAAGAAAGGCUGGAAAGUAUAAUAAGUGGGGCUGCUCUGAUGGCUGACAGUAGUUGUACAAGAGAUGAAAGAAGGGAUAGAAUAGUUGAAGAAUGUAAUGCUGUCAGACAAGCAUUGCAGGACCUUCUAACGGAAUCAAUGAAAAAUAUGGGCAAUUCGGAAAGAACAAACAAUAUUACUAGAGCUAUUGACCAAGUCUGUACAAGAACUACUGACUUAAGAAAGCAGCUUAGGCGAGCCGUUGUUGAUCACGUUUCUGACACUUUUUUCGAUACUUCCGGUCCGUUAUUCGAUUUGAUCGACGCUGCUAAAGCUGGUAAAGUAGAGGAUGUGGAAAACGAAUACGGACGUAGAUUUACUGAGCACGCAUCAAAAAUGGUAGAGGUUGCCAAUCUCGCUUGUUCUAUGUCUAAUCAUGAAGAAGGUGUGAAAUUCGUUCGUUUGGCAGCUGCAAACAUUGAAAAUUUGUACCCUCAAGUUCUCAAUGCCGCUAGAAUUUUAGCUCUAAGACCCGAUUCGAAGGUUGCCCUGGAAAAUAUGGACGUAUUUAAGGAUAGCUGGCUAAAACAGACCAGAUUACUUACAGAUGCCAUCGACGAUAUUAUGCUUAUUGAAGAUUUUCUAAAUGUUUCUGAAAAUCAUAUAUUAGAAGAUGUUAAGGGUUGCAUCCAAGCAUUAGAUGAGGGAAAUAUAGAUGCUCUUCAUGAAAAUGGUCGUAAAUUAAUAGGAAGGUCACAGAGAAUAGCUGACGUUGUUGGUGUUGAAAUGGAGAAAUAUCAGCCCGGCCCCUACACGGAGAGAGUUUUACAAAGUGUCAUUUUACUCAGAGAUAAAACUGUUCCUAAUUUUAUAAACAAUCUUCGCUACGUGUUGGACAAGAUGGAGAGCAAUCCGUCAAUUCAGUUUUCGACUGACGAUAAAGAUACAUUUAUUAAUUCUGCCGGAUUGAUAUACGAAGGCGUUAAAGAUAUUAAACAAUCCGUUUUAUUAAAUAGAAGUGAAGAUUAUGAUCAAUCGAUGUCGGAUAUGGAUGGUAUGAAUCCAUAUAGUAGCUAUUCUUACGAAUAUGGUACAGGAAGUAUGGAUAGAAGAAGCGAUAACGGCGGCAUGAUAAUGGCUCAAGAUGAUGUUCAGAAAGAGCAUAUCGACGAUUCCAGCGAUAGGGCUAAAAUGAGAAUGGUUAUUGAUCAAAUGCCUGAAGAGCAAAGAGCACACUUUGAUCAGCAAGUUGCCCAUUUCUUCGUUGAAAGAAAGAGAUUUGAAAGAGAAGUCGCUAAAUGGGACGAUAGCGGAAAUGAAAUUAUCGUUCUUGCCAAGCAAAUGUGUAUGAUUAUGAUGGAAAUGACGGAUUUCACAAGAGGAAGAGGCCCUCUAAAAAAUACAAUGGACGUUAUUAACGCUGCUAAAAAGAUUUCAGAAGCCGGCUCCAAUCUAGAUAAAUUGUGUAAGGAAAUCGUUCAACAUUGUCCAGAAUCAGCAUCGAAAAAAGACCUGUUAGCCUAUCUACAAAGAAUUGCCCUCUACUGCCAUCAACUUAAUAUUACCAGUAAAGUAAAAGCCGAUGUGCAAAAUAUAAGCGGAGAGUUAAUCGUUUCUGGGUUGGACAGUGCAACCUCGCUAAUACAAGCUGCUAAGAAUUUAAUGAAUGCAGUCGUUCUGGCUGUUAAAGCUUCAUAUGUUGCUUCAACCAAAUAUAAAUCUGGUGCCAAGCAACCUGUAGUACAAUGGCGAAUUAGAAGUACUGUACCUAAAAAAUUAGGUGAAAAAGUACAAGCUCUUGGACCAAGAAUUGCUCAUACGAACUUACAAGUGACAUGGAAAAUGCGCGCCCCUGACAAGAAACCAUUAGUUCGACCUGACGAUCCACUGGAAGUCAGGGCACGAAUUAGACGUAGUGAGCGACAACAAAAAAUGGAACCUGUUCAUGAAUUAACUUCUUAUGAGUUUCCUCAUUGUCGAGAUUGUUUUGCACACUAUGAAAAAGUUCAAAAAGUAGGACAUGGUACAUUUGGUGAGGUGUUUAAAGCAAGACCGAAAAAUGGUGAGAGAAAAUUUGUGGCCUUAAAAAAGAUUAUCAUGGACAAUGAGAAAGAAGGAUUUCCUAUUACUGCUAUCAGAGAAAUCAAAAUAUUACAACAGCUUAAACACGAUAACGUCAUCCAUCUAUUAGAAAUAUGUAGAACAAAAGCAACUCAGUAUAAUCGCUUUAAGACAUCAUUCUAUCUAGUCUUCGAAUUUUGUGAUCAUGAUUUAGCCGGAUUACUAAAUAAUGUUACAGUAAAAUUUCAUCUUGGCGACGUCAAGAGAAUUAUGCAGCAGAUUUUAAACGGACUCUAUUAUAUACAUGGAAACAAAGUUCUCCACAGAGAUAUGAAAUCUGCUAACGUUCUUGUGACUCGUCAGGGACAAAUUAAACUAGCUGAUUUCGGACUUGCAAGAGCCACAUCACAAACGAGACAACAUCGAUAUACAAAUAGGGUUGUUACUUUAUGGUACAGGGCUCCUGAAUUGCUGUUAGGAGCAAGAAAUUAUGGGCCUCAAAUUGACGUGUGGAGUACAGGCUGUAUAAUGGCUGAAUUGUGGACAAGAACACCGAUAAUGCAGGGUGCAACAGAACAAGAGCAAAUAAACUUGAUUAUGAAUCUUUGUGGUACUAUAACAACUGAUGUCUGGCCAGGAGUUGAUCAGUUAGACCUAUUUUCAAAAAUUAAGUUAGGACAAGCAAAACGACGGGUGAAAGAAAGACUAAAGGCAUAUGUAAAAGACCCAUACGCUUUAGAUUUAUUAGACAAACUUUUAACAUUAGACCCAGCUCAAAGGAUAACAACUGACACAGCUUUGGAACAUGAUCUCUUUUACACCGAUCCUAUGCCCUCAGAUUUAUCUAAAACACUUGCACAAUAUACGACAGGUAUGUUUGAAAUGUACUCUCAACCCAGAAGGAAUCAACGACACGGAGCUCAUCGACCCGGGGCGGCUGGGGGUGGUCCAGCGGUCAAUCCAGAUCACCACGUUGAAAGAGUUUUUUGA